ACCACAGCUGUCCAAAAUGCGCUAAUUGUCCAAACAGGAUUUUCUUUCUGUGUGUGUUUGCGUUGGAAUAAUAAACUUUCUCAGCAAAUGUUUUCAAGAGGCCCUUUCUCAUGUGCCAAAGAAGACAUGAUUCAUUUGCUCAGAUGGACUGUUUUCCUGUGGAUCGUAAAUACCAUUCCUUUUACUUUAGGAAUGGCAGUGAAUGAGAGACUAGAUCAUUCAUGUCCACCCUUAAAGCUGGAGGACAAAUGGCAGACCAGUGUGAACAUUCACCAAGAAUUAACAGGAUUUGAUUUAGCCGAGAAAUUCCUUCUUCGAAAAGGCCCGGUGAUGGACGACAGGCCGUUGUUUAGACUGGGGAGUAAACCCCUCUUCAAACCCACAGAAUCUGUGUUUACAAAUGGACUUUCACAUGAAUACUCCAUUAUAUCUAUAUUCCGGCUCAGGAAAACCACAAAGAGAGAUCGUUGGUUUCUUCUGCAGAUCUUUGAUAAAGGUGGAGAUACGCAGGCAUCAUUAAUAGUGGAUGGGGCUAAGAAAACAGUGGAGUUUUUAGCUCAGGGUUUUCUGAAGAACAGCCUCCUAUAUGUGUUCAAAAACAGAGACCUGCACGCCUUGUUUGAUCGACAGUUUCACAAGCUCAGUGUAUCCGUCGAAAGCAACGCUGUUUCCGUCUUCGUGGACUGUAAAUUGAUAGAGCGUCAAGUGACCGCUGAGAGGGGUGCCAUGAACCUGACUGGACGCACCUUCAUCACCACUCGUGUUGAGGAUGGACGUCCAGUGGAUAUUGAGCUUCAAGAGAUUCUGAUCUUUUGUGAUGCUAGAAUAGCCGAGAUGGACAGAUGUUGCGAUUCUCCUGGAGUUACGUGUGAACCCCUGGAAACCCACAAACCCACAGCGGCCCCAUUGGUCACAGGAUACUUCCACAGAUUGCUGUCCAUGCCAGUUUAUCAGCCAACCGAUCGAUGCCACUGUCCCCCCAUUAAGGAGGAUCAAGGGAUUCCUGGUUUGGGAGGACAUGCUGGACAAAAAGGAGAUAAAGGAGAUAUAGGGGAUAUGGGGGACACCAGAAAAGACAAAUUGCCCAGUAAACCAGGAGAAAAGGGUUACAGGGGUAUUGCUGAUUCUCUUGGUCUGGAUGGUUCAAAUGGUAGCAAGGGUGAAAAAGGAGCUGCUGGAGGGCCUGGUCCAACAGGAUCACCUGGAAAAGAUAGUUUGAAAGGAGAUCCCGGACCUCAAGGCCCACCUGGUGUCAAAGGUGAUAAAGGGGAACCAGGCCCGCCAGGUCCAGGAAAUCUAGCGGUUGAAAAUCAAGGACAAAAAGGGGACCAGGGUCUCCCAGGUAUUUCAGGAGAAAAGGGAGACGUUGGGUUGCCCGGUCAGCCAGGAAUGCCAGGGAAAGAGGGCAAAAGGGGUCGACGGGGAAAAACAGGAGAACCAGGGACUCCAGGACAUCCAGGUCCACCUGGAAAAUGUGAUACUGGGGCUGUUAAGGGUGAGAAGGGUGACUUGGGUGUUGCAGGAGUGGAUGGCCAGAAGGGCGAGAGAGGGGAUCCUGGUUUGCCUGGCCUACAGGGAGCCAGUGGAAUAAAAGGGCAAAAGGGUGAAGAAGGCCCCCGAGGACUGCCGGGCCCUGUUAUGACAGCACAUGGCCUGAGACUUUCUGGACCUGGGGAAGGAGGCGAGAAAGGCCAGAAAGGAGACCAGGGUGAAAAAGGUUCUGAAGGCCCACAAGGACUAAAGGGAGAUACUGGAUUGCCUGGGCUGACAGGGACACCGGGACCUGAGGGAAAACCAGGUCCCAUUGGCCUUCCUGGUCUUCUUGGAGACCCGGGCUCUCCCGGUCAGCCAGGACUACCUGGAAAAGAUGGAAUGAAAGGAGCAAAGGGUGAUGCAGGCGGAGCACCAGGGCCAAUAGGCUCCCCAGGCCCCAAGGGUGAGCCUGGUGAACCCUGCAAUGCUGGACCAUGCAAUGCGGAGGAGGUUGUGUCUGGCUUACGGGGGUCACGGGGCCCUAAGGGUGAGCGAGGUGUACCUGGAGUACCUGGAGAUGCAGGAGAGAAAGGAGAACCUGGUAUUGGAAUCACUGGACCCCCUGGUCUGAUGGGACCAAGAGGGGAUCCAGGAAUUCAGGGUCCUCGUGGACCGCCAGGACUAACCGGAUUGCCAGGAAAUAUGGGACCACCAGGCCCACAAGGCAGACCAGGACUCCCUGGACCCCCUGGAGAACCAACAGCACUACCCAUUUUUGGAGACAUGGGCGCAUUACUGAAGAACGCCUGCAGUGUGUGUCAAACCAGACUACCAGGACUACCUGGGCAGAAAGGAGAGAAAGGAUCCCCUGGAGCUUCAGGUGUUCCAGGAAUGGAUGGAGAAAAGGGGGAUCAAGGUCUGCGGGGCCCUGCUGGUAAUCCAGGGAAAGAAGGUCCAAAGGGAGUGAAGGGUGAGAGAGGGUUUCCUGGACCAAUGGGGGACAAGGGUGAUGAGGGGGCUACUGGUGUGCCAGGAUUACCUGGAGCCACAGGCCGUAUAGGUGCACCGGGACUUUUAGGCAGACCAGGACCUGUUGGACCCCCAGGACCAAAGGGAGAUCGAGGCAACGAGGGGCCGACAGGUAGACCCGGACCGCCUGGACCUCCUGGAGUUCCAUAUGCAGAGGGGAAUGGAAUGAGCAGUCUCUAUAAGCUUCAGAAUGGAGGGGGUAAUGCAGGCCAGACUGGACCACCUGGGCCACCUGGACCCUCGGGCCCCAAAGGAGAUGAAGGAAAGAUGGGUGAGCCGGGAUUGAUGGGAUUACCAGGACUAGAAGGGCUGCCAGGUGCUAAGGGUGAUCCUGGUCUACCUGGUCCACCUGGAAUUGCUGGACCUGCUGGAAAGCCUGGCCCGCGUGGUGAGCCAGGGAUCCCUGGAGAGCCGGGAGGUCGGGGCCCUCUGGGAGAGACUGGCUUCCCUGGACCUGAAGGGCCUCCUGGAGUACCUGGAAGGCCAGGGAAGGAUGGAAUUCCGGGCUAUGAGGGAGCCACAGGCAGACCCGGGGACAGAGGUUCCAAAGGAGAACGGGGAGAUCCAGGAAUUUCAGGAGAAAGAGGAGUCCAGGGAGAGAGAGGAAGACCUGGUGACAAAGGGUUUAUUGGUCCACAGGGACCGCCCGGACCAAAAGGAGAACCAGGCCCACCUGGAUCUUUAACAUCACUGGGGACCGUGAAUCUGUUGAGUGAUACAGCUGCUUUGGAUGAAAUUAAAACAUUCAUUCGGAAUGAAGUAUUGCGCGUGUUUGAAGAGAAGUUUUCAGAGGGUUACGCCUCGAUGCAGAAAACGCCAGCAGCUAUAUUAGCUGCACAAGUUCGACAAGGCCCUCCGGGGCCACCCGGCAAUGUUGGCUCCCCAGGACCCCCCGGAGAGCCAGGUCCCCAAGGGUAUCGAGGGCAGAAAGGGGAACGUGGUCAAAUGGGGUUGGGAAUACCAGGAGCACCGGGCCCCACUGGCCCGCCAGGUUUACCCGGAAUAGGCAUCCAGGGGCCCUCAGGUUCCCCAGGGCCCCAAGGUCCACAGGGCAGAUGUAACCCCAGUGACUGUCUUCACCCUUACCCUCAUGGCAGACGGGAUGGGUAGGAUCUCUGACACUUCCUCAUUUAACCUGAUAAGAUCCUGGAAAUUAAUCAAAAUCAUAUAUACGUAAACCUUGGACUCAGCAUUAAAUACUGUUUAAAGCAAGUGUCUGUCAUCCCUGCUAGAAAAAGAGACACAGCCACCUGUGAGGAUGCAGUAUGUUUAUCUACUGUAAUGUGGGCAGCAAUACAGCUAGAGCUUGAGACGUUAUUCAGAUUUGUCAUUUAUCUCUGUUUUUCAUAUUUGUGACCAAAUGGGUUCUGCAUUUACUCAUUUUCCAUGUUUUGUGUAUAUGAGGUAUGAAAGUUCAAAUCACAUCAUUACAAAUAUCAAAACAGAUGGUUUUAUCGGGCAAGAUGUAAUCAAGACGAAAUGAGAAUUGUAUUUACACUUGCUUAUUUUCCUCAAGCUAAGGUGAAGUUUAGUUUUAACUGAAUUGUGAUGGUGCUAUGCAAUCUAAGUAAAAAAAAUAAUGUUAACAAAUAUUAAGUAAAUAAUACUGGACAUAUCUUCAGAUGCUAAUUGUGUUCUCAAACAUUUCAUUUUGACAAAUGUUUAAAGAAGUGUACCUUCCUGUCCUGCAGGAGUAACUUUGCUCAUUAAUGGAGUAAAUUAUCAUCAUAUUGCCUCACAUGCACUGACAGUACAUGUAUAAUGGAUUGUUCAUUGUUAUGGACUGAUCCAUUCAGGUUUAAGGACAUUUUUAGAAAAAGUGGAAGCUCAG